AUGGUUGCCACUCGCUCCGUUCCCUCCUCAUUGUCUGAUUUCGUACGUAGUACAGCUCGCCGCGCACCGGUCACCACGAGAGAUGCAUCCUUCUUAAUCCUCAGCUGCGUCUUCUUCUAUCUCCUAUGGGUGGUGAUGUACCACAAUGGCAGCGCCGAUGCCAUGAAUGCUGUGGUCGAAGCUGGCAAGUUUCCGGACGGCACACCUCUCAAGACCCAUUAUACUGGCAUUGCGCCAGUCGACAAGAUCCUCAGUAUCCUGGUUGCCUUCACCUAUCCAGUGACCAUUGGAAACGACCAAGCCGCUUGGCUUCUGAUGGUGGACGUCGUCAGUACCCUGCAGACCGGCCUGGCAUGGGCUUUCAUCGAUUCUGUACGGUUUGGCAACAAAUCUGCCUGGCUUUCAUAUCCAGCACUAAUUUACCUCGCGGUAAAUGGCUUCGGAGCAGCGGCGAUAUUGCCUCUCUACUUCUUCACCCAUCUUCGCAACCCAAUUGCACCCGGCGAGCACUAUCUCCAAUUGUGGAAUGCAAAGCCUUUGGCCUACUCGAUCGUGUUGGGGGUGUUGUUGCCUGGCCUAGCUGAGCUCGGGGGAAUGAGACUCUCGGGAACUCAAUGGCGACACCAAGCUAUCAUUGCAUUCUUCCAAGCAUCACCAUUGCUGGCUGCGGCACUGCAGUGGACUAUGUCUGGCCUUUACCCGAUCCGCAACAUCGAUGUUCGAACGCGCAAGAUCGCUUAUAUGCCCAGCUUACGGCAGGCUUUGGUCGUGGCGGGAGGUUUCUCAGCCAUCGCCCACAUGCUGGUCCUUGGAUUCCUGCUUACAGGCCGAGAGAGCUUCUCUGCUGUUUACGUCCCGGACAAUACGCGACCAGUGGCAGCAACUGGACUGGCCAAGUUGCUGGAAGGGUCACGGCUGUUUUUACAGUACGACUUUCUCGGCAUCAGCUUGAGCGUGGCAUUGUGGUGCUACUACCUCGUCAAGGAAACCGGGGAGGAAGUUUCCACCAAGACCCUUACAUUCAUUCUCGGUGGUAUAUUAACCGCUGGACCCGGCGCGGUUGGCUCUGCCACAUUGUACUGGAGGGAGAACAGAUUGUAUGAGAAGCAAAAGAACAGCAUGGUCCGAGUUAAUGCAUGA